AUGCAAUAUUAAUAAGAUGUUGUAAAUCAAUUUCACUCUAUAAUUGAAUUGUAUUAUAAUGAAGCAGAACUAAGCAAUGAAAAUAAAACAAGAGAAAAUUAAGCAGCAACAAAAAUUUAGUAAUGGUAUAGAAUGCAUGUAAAGAGAAUUAAAUAUCUCAAAAUUAGAUAUGUAAAUUUGAAUUCAAUGUUAUUAGAAUACAAUUAUUGUUGAAAAGUUUGCUAAAGGUUAUCUGGCAAGAAUGUUAAUGAAAAGAAAUAGUGAUAAUAGAUAUAAUGAAAGAAAUCUCAAAUACUUCAGCUAUUAGGCAACAUAAAUUCAAAGAUAUUUUCGUGGUUAUCAUUAUAGAAAAUAUUAUCUAAAUUGGGCAACAAGAAAAGAAUAUUUGACAUUCUUAAAAAGAAAAAAUGAAACGUUUUUGGAAGAACUUAAGAGAGUAGAAUAAGAAGAGGCAUAAUAAUUAAAGAUUAGAUAAGAAUAAUUAGCAAAAACAGAAUUUGAAUCUUUGGCACGUAAUUUGCAUCAUCUUUCAUCAACAAAAUCGAUUUCUGGUAUCUAUAAUAGACCUUUUGGAAAUAAGGAUAUUGUCUUUGAUAUGGAUGUUGAAAGUCACUUGAAAAUUGUAUUCCAUAGCAACUAUGAAUGGGAAAAGUCAUAAUAAAUGUCAAGAUAUACAAGAACUAAAAAAUUGAGUAUGUAAACCAAAUUAAAACCUUUGAAAUGA